CCCGCACAGACGCAGCGCGGGCGGCGCUGCCCCCGAGCGCUGCUGGGUCCGGCCGCUCGCCCUCGUCGCUCCCUCCUCAUCCUCGUUCUCCUCCGUCUUCUUCUUCGUCUUCUUCUUGUCGCUGCCGGCAGCAGCCGCACGCUCGAGCUGAGCGACCGGCAAGAGACGGUGGAGACGGUGGUGGAGAGGGCGGCCCGGGUGCAGCAGCAGCAGCGGCGACGACUACGACGACUACGGAGGACGGGCGCACGCGCGCACUUUGUGUCCGACAAAGGGGAGGGCACCAUGGCGGCGGCGGCGGCGCUGCAGCCCCUCGAGAUGCAGGUGCAGAGCGCCCGGCGGAACCUGCUGUUCCUGCAGCAGGAGCACGCCGCCACCCUGCAGGGCCUUCACGUCGAGAUCCGCAGCCUGCAGCAGCGUUGCACAGAUUUGACCUUUCAGUUGGCAAAAGUCAAGUCUGAAAAUGAGCCAGGCGACCUGCAACAGCGCCACCAGGAGCUUGAAGCCAAACUGCGGGCACAGGAGCAGGAGAAUCGCUCACUCAGUGACCAGCUGGAGCAGACGACUGCCCACCUGCUGGCGCUGAAGGCGGGCGCCAGCGAGCGCGAACGGCGGUACCUGGAGCAACUCCGCGCCAAGAGCCACAAGCUGAGCACGCUGUCACGGGAGUUGGAGCAGAAGGGCAGCACCAUCGCUUACCUUACAUCACAGCUGCACGCUGCCAAGCGCCAAAUCAGCGUCAACCAACCGUCCGUACAGGCCGCGGAGACGGCGAGAAAGCGCGAUAGCCAAGGCCCAGGAGUCCACGCUCGGGAAGUUGCGUUCUCCCAGAGGUUUUCUCCGACGCCGCCACCGUCGUCUGCAAGACAGCGGUCCGCCGAGAGCGUGCGACGGCGAUCGGUGCGAAUGAGCCCGACGACGGGCGUCCUCGACGAAUCCGAGCUGGAGGCGACGGCGGCGACGGCGGGGGCGACUGCGCGGAGGGAUGUGGGAUUCGUGUCCGUGGCGCGACGCGACGGGGACGGCAUGCCGGACCCCGCGCCUUUCCUGCUGCUGCCGCCGCCGCCCCCCAGGCGUCCGCCGCCUUGCGCGCCCCUCGAGCUGCGGCCGGCGCUCAUCCCGCCCAUCUCUCCGGCGCGCACGGGGGCGCGGCCGAGGCACCGCACAGCCCAGGCGGCGCCUCCCGGACCGACGGUGCCGGAGGUUCACACCCUGGCCGUGGAGCCGCUGAACGGCGCGAGCGUGCUCCUCGCGCGCGGAGAGACGGACCGCUCCGUGUGAGCUGCUCCCCAUCAUCCCCUGCAGUUCCCGUCCCUCAUCCCCUCUAUCCCUCGCCUCGCCGCCGUGUCCCUCAUCCCCGUCACCUCAGCCUUCCCAGAUCUCCAAGAGCCGCCGUAUUUCGUGGUAAUA